AUGUACAACCACGUGGCCCUGAUUUGGGCAUCAACACAAAAGCGCGAUGUGCCUUACGUACCGAUUCCGCGCUAUCAAGUGCGGCCACGGAGGGCUGGAGAUUGGUUGUGUGGGACCAGUCAUAAGGACCGCUUCCAUUUGCUGCCGACGGUGAUCCCCAUGACUGAACAGCGAAUGAUAUCUGAGAAAAAGGCCGCCACGGACCUUGAGAGGCGCCCGGGAAAUUACAACUUCGUCCGUUCCGGGCUUCUCCAUGGGGUUCAGCGAACACCGGUGGCUUUGGUACAACCCGACUACGGAUCCACUGAGAUACUGCAGCGCCGCAAUUGGGCCGGAAACUUUGAUCGAAACUUCCACGGCGGCAAGCAGUCGAACAGCAUCGUUUUUCUCAUACUG